GGCGGAACGCUUCGCUUGUUGCUAUGGGGCGGAGCGGACCACAUUGUGUGUUACACCGAAGUGUUUCCGGAAUCAUGUUUGGUAACUGAGCAGAGGUGAAUGCCGAAGAAACUCCACAGGUGAGUCUCAGGUGUGACUGACUGCAGCCAUGUUGCUGCCUCUGCUGCUGCGGCCGCCCCUCUGCCUUCCUCAGGCCUCGGUGGUAUUAACGCGAUGCGUCCUGACGCUUCGCUGUGGCGCUCCAAGGGGGCUGCGCUCUCAGGCUAAGAACUUCCUGUGGCGGUGGCGUCCGCAGCGCCUCCACAGUCGGGGGCGGAGCAGGAAGACCCAGAGUCAGGAGGAGGAGUGGAGGAACAGGAACAAGACUGCGCUGACUUACAUCGCCGCAGCCGGCGUGGGAAUGAUCGGCCUGGCAUACGCCGCAGUGCCGCUGUAUCGACUCUACUGCCAGGCAUCAGGGCUCGGCGGCACGGCGGUGGCCGGACACGACAUGGAGCAGGUGGCGACAAUGACGCCGGUGAAGGAGCGCGUCAUCAAGGUGACGUUCAACGCCGACACUCACGCCAGCAUGCAGUGGAACUUCAGGCCGCAGCAGACGGAGAUCUUCGUGGUUCCCGGGGAGACGGCGCUGGCGUUCUACAGAGCCAAGAACCCCACAGACAAACCGAUCAUCGGCAUCUCCACCUACAACGUGGUGCCCUUUGACGCCGGACAGUACUUCAACAAGAUCCAGUGUUUCUGCUUCGAGGAGCAGCGCCUGAACCCUCACGAGGAGGUGGACAUGCCCGUCUUCUUCUACAUCGACCCCGAGUUCGACAACGACCCGCGGAUGGCCCGAGUGGACACCAUCACGCUGUCCUACACCUUCUUCGAGGCCAAAGAGGGUCAGAUGCUUCCUCUGCCCGGAUACAGCUACAGCUGAGCGAGGGCUCCGCCUUUCUCCAAGGAAACGAAGGAAAAAACUGUUCGGAUAAUCGAGACUCUUCACUCUGUCUGACGUCACAUUAAAAGUCGACACUGAUCAUCAAACGUCCCGACGGAGGAGCUCUGUGCGCCGGAGGGUCGAAGCAUUUCCAGGAAGUUACAACAUGAAAAUGUACAAGAAAACAUUUCUUUCAAAAGCAAGAAUCACAGAUGUUGGAGAAAAACAAAUUGUACAUGAUAAUAAACAAAAAGAAAUAAAAAGAUUUACAAGUGUAAAAAAGUAUGAAAAAUAUGAAAA